AUGCGAUUGGCAACCUUGUUCCAAUGCCUGGUGGUCGCCUUGAUCCAGGGUGAAAGUGCUUUCGGUCGAUCCGUGGACACUUGCCUGGUUGGACAAUACAAGAUGUGCGAGCAAAAAGGUGCCAAGUUCAUUUUAACCGAGCCCAAGAAUGAUUUGUGCCCAUCUGGAACAACAACAAUCAAAUGCUGCUCGUACAAUAACCCGGGAACUUUUCCUACGCAAGCAGCAUUGAACCGUUCAUGCAAUGGAGAAUAGUGACAAAUCUGAAAUGAUCAUUAUUAGAUUUUUGUCCCAUGCCCGAAUGGGGUCCUUGAUGCUCCGAUUUCCAUUUCCUUCCUCAGAUCAAGCUAGCAUUCAACUCGGACCUUUGAGUUGUAGCAUUUCAGUCGCUCCCCUCACGAAAUACGAUUCUACAUUUGUUCUGUG